AGGACUUGCAUGCUGUUCUCUUACUGUCUUACAUGGUGUUGUGUCUUCAGGUACUCCAGGCGUUGGGAAAACCACACUUGGAAAAGAGCUGGCGUCAAGAGCGGGGAUGACCUAUAUUAAUGUGGGCGACAUGGCGAAAGAUGGAGAACUGUAUGAAGGUUUUGAUGAGGAGUAUGACUGUCCAAUUUUGGAUGAAGACAGGGUAAUAGAUGAGCUAGAAGAUAAAAUGAGUGAGGGUGGAGUUAUUGUUGAUUAUCAUGGCUGUGAUUUCUUCCCUGAGCGUUGGUUUCAUAUCGUGUUUGUACUUCGUACAGAAAAUUCAUUUCUCUAUGACAGACUUGAAAGCAGGGGGUACAAGGGGAAAAAGCUGCAAGACAACAUUCAGUGUGAAAUUUUUCAGACACUUUAUGAGGAAGCUUUGUUGUCGUAUAGAGAGGAAAUUGUACACCAGUUACCCAGCAAUACUCCUGAAGACUUGGAGAGAAAUUUGGAUCAGAUUAUGCAAUGGAUUGAGCAAUGGAUGAAGGACAACAAUUGA